UCUCCCAGGGCCAGCGAAGAGGGAUUCGUCUUUGUACUCAAGCAGAGUAGUUGAAGUCAGCUCUGUCUCCACUGCCUUCCUUUUUUUUUUUUAAAGAAGCAGGGAGUCUAAAUGCUGGAAAUAUCCCUAUAAGCCGGUUACUAGUCCACUUUAACCACAGUAGACGGUCUGUUGUAUUGUUUUGUGCAAGCGGACAUCCCUUGUUAUAUCUUUUUGAGCCCUUUUGGACGACAAAAGAUUUCCUUUUUUUCCCCUUACCGGGUGGAUUUUUAAGUCAUACAGAGAAAAUUCAUACAGUUGCAACACAUCCCUCUCGUUUUUUCUCCUUUUUUAUAUUUCCACACCUCCAUACAGGGGGGUGGGGGGUCUAUUUUUUAAAGUCAUCCUUUAACCGAGCGACAAUGGCAGCUGUAACGAGCCCGGAGACCAGCCCUCAACCGCGGGUAUAUUUCCAGACGCCGACCGGCACCACGGAGGAACCGGAGCCCCCAGUCAGGAAGCAGGGACGGGUUACCGUCAAAUACGACCGCAAGGAGCUGAGGAAGAGACUGAACCUGGAGGAGUGGAUCAUCGACCAGCUAACGGACCUCUACGACUGCGAGGAGGAGGCCAUCCCGGAGCUGGAAAUCGAUGUGGAUGAACUGCUGGACAUGCCCAGUGAUGUUGAGCGUGCAGCCAGGGUCAAGGACUUACUGGUUGACUGCUUUAAACCUACUGAGGACUUCAUCUCAGAGCUGCUUGACAAAAUCAGAGGAAUGCAGAAGCUCUCUACACCUCAGAAGAAAUGAUGGCAUCCUUCCUUUCCCCCCACAUUUUCCCGUCCUCUCCAGCCCUCACUGCCCUCAUUGCCCCAUUUAUUUUUUAUUUAAUGUCUUCUUCCAUUGAAGGUCAUGAUGUAUUACAGCCUACCCUUGUUUCAGCUUAUAGUUAAACCACUUUAAUUUACCUCCAAGGAUUUUGACUCUCUUCAGCAGAAAUUAAUAAUUUGCGAGGUAACUUGUCUGUUAUAAUCCAACCUCUCUCCUUCCUCAUUGUUUCCUCGCCUGCCGUUAUUGGCGCUUCUCCUCCUAAUCUUUCUCCUCUUCCUCCCACUUUCCCAUCUGCCUGUGGAGGAACAGAGUCCCAUAAUUACUGUAAAAGCGGGGUUGC